UGCAUUGCUAUUAAAAAUAGAACACAACAACCUUUUAUUUGUACUAUCGUACAACUUUGAAUAGAAUCACAAAAACAAAACUUGUAUGUAACUGCACAUCAAUCUCAAUUCCUCAUUGAUUUUUGCUGCAAAGGAAGAAGCUUGGUCGGUGCUACAGUUCAAAUCAUAUAUAGAGUUUCAGUUAUUGUCUAAGAAUGUUUCAGAAAUCGGAUUAAAAUGAACACAAAGUUUAAAAAAGAGAAGCUACCGACAUUUACUGCUGGAACAUUUAGUUCAAUCAGAAAGGUUUGAAGGUUUUGUGUCUGAAAAAACAUUAUAUUCAAAGAAGCAAAUACUUUUCGAUGCAAACAUCUCUUAAACACGAAAUGUCGUAUGAAUCCGACAUGUUCAGCGUUGAGCCGAUUCAAAAUCUAGACUCAUAUUGCUUUCUACCAAAUGAGAAUCUCGAAAACUACUCGUCCUCUGAUAACGGUAGCCAUUUAACCUACCCUUCAUUUCAAGCUUUAGACCAAUAUUCCGCCCUUGGAUCUUCUAACAACAGUCCAGUCUCAAAACUACAGUCAAAAUCUUCCACGUUCACGUCGCAAGAUUCUCUUGAAAUUAUCAACAAUUCGUUAGAGAACGAAUCGUCUUUGACACACAACCAAGAUGACUUGUGGCACAAGAUAAGAGAGCUUGAAAAUGCUAUGCUCGGACACGAUGCAGCCGACAUAUAUAACGAUACUGAUAUGAUUCAAGAAGAAUCGGAUCCACUUAUGUUAGAGGCGGAAAAGUGGAACAAAAUGAUGAAGAUGAUAUCGAGAGGCGAUUUGAAAGAAGCGCUUUUUACUUGUGCAAAAGCGGUAUCAGAAAAUGAUAUAGAAACAACUGAAUGGCUAAUGGCAGAGUUGUCGAAAAUGGUCUCGGUUUCGGGAAGUCCGAUCCAAAGGAUAGGAGCAUACAUGUUGGAAGCUCUUGUUGCAAGAAUCGCUUCUUCGGGAAGCAUAAUUUACAAAUCCUUGAAAUGUAAAGAACCUACCAUUGCUACUAGUAAUGAACUCCUUUCACACAUGCAUGUGCUUUAUGAAAUCUGUCCCUACCUCAAAUUCGGAUACAUGUCCGCAAACGGAGUCAUUGCCGAAGCAUUGAAGGAUGAAAGUGAAGUUCAUAUAAUUGAUUUUCAGAUUAAUCAGGGAGUUCAGUGGAUAAGUCUAAUCCAAGCUCUUGCUGGAAAACCAGGAGGACCGCCGAAGAUCAGAAUAACCGGUUUCGAUGAUUCGACUUCAGCUUAUGCGAGAGGAGGAGGACUUGAUAUUGUUGGACAAAGGUUGUCGAAACUCGCACAAUCAUAUAAUGUAGCAUUUGAGUUCCAUGCUGUAAAGGCUAAUCCUACCGAGGUAAAACUCGAAGACCUUGAACUUCGUCGCGGUGAAGCUAUUGCGGUGAAUUUCGCCAUGACGCUACACCAUGUGCCGGACGAAAACGUACACGGAGGUCAGAAUCAUCGCGGCCGGUUGGUGAGAUUGGUGAAGAGCUUGUCUCCAAAGGUAGUGACUCUUGUUGAACAAGAAUCAAACACCAACGAGCUUCCGUUCUUCGCACGUUUCGUCGAGACAAUGAACUACUACUUGGCAGUUUUCGAAUCAAUCGACGUCGCUUUGCCGAGGGAACACAGAGAACGGAUUAACGUGGAACAGCAUUGUUUGGCUCGCGAAGUUGUGAAUUUAAUCGCGUGCGAAGGCGCGGAAAGGGUAGAACGUCACGAUCCUCUGGAGAAGUGGAAAUCGUGUUUCACAAUGGCUGGAUUCACACCAUAUCCAUUGAGUCCUUAUAUUAAUGGUUCAAUAAAGAAUCUUCUAGAAAGUUAUCAAGGACAGUACACUCUUGAAGAGAAUGAUGGUGCUCUUUAUCUUGGUUGGAUGAAUCGGGCUCUUAUUACUUCUAGUGCUUGGAGGUGAUACUUCAAUGAAAUCUAGUUCAUUUUGCUACAUCAAACUCUAUAUAUGUAUAAUCCUUAAGUUCUUUUCUAGAAUAACUUAUUUUAGUUUA